AUGAGGCGUGAGUUCAAGUUGUUUGGAGCUCGUUUAUUUUUGGGAAGCUUGACAUGGAAAACUGCAAAGUCACGUUUUUUGAACUUUGAAAUACUUCCGGGCCCAUUUCAUAAUGAAUUUAAACUAUUGGGCGUUGUUUGGAACGAACGAAAGCAAUGGACGAACACAGUGAGAGGGGAAAUCACGAAAGCUCGUAGGCGUGAUGUCGUCGAUCCAUUGCGAGAAGGUUCAUCUACGGGGCUUGACGAGGCGAAGAAAGAAGAUGGGGAGAAGCAGCGAGGCUGCUUUCAUCCUCGUCUGGCUUUGAGAUGUGAAGGAAGGUACGGUCCGAUGGGGGUCCGGAAGGUACGGUCCGAUGGGGGUCCAGUGAGGUGUCGCGAGCAACAGCAGUGGCGAAGACGAGGUCCUCGUAGGUCGUUCGUCGGUGGGAAGAAAAAAAGACGGAGCGAGGGGCGAAAAGGGAAAGCGAUUUCGGGAUUUUCAGAUCGACGGUUUUGUGUGGUUAAGGGGUUGAGAAGGAAAAGAGAAACAGAAGCAGCGGUGCUCCUCGUGGUCUCGGUGUGUGCAACGAGGGCUGCUCAAGCAGCUCCUCGGCUGUUUUCUUCAGUUCCGAUGGUUGCAGAAGGAGAAGGAAGAACAAUGGAGUUUGAUGUCCCAUUGGUUUCACUGAUUUCACAAGAACAACACCUCCUUUUGAGGAGCGAAGAAAGAAGAAUAGGGAGCACCUCCACCGAUUUGGUGGUUCAUCACAGUAGUGGAGUGGCAGGGGCUAUUCUGGCAACCUCUUCACCACUUCGUUUUCUUGUUCCGGUUACUGUCGUGAGAGGGGAGGAAGGUAGAAAGAAAACGACAACAGAGGGUGUUUGGGUUGCUUGGUGUGUCGUAAAACAGUGGGAGAAAAUGGAGGGGGUUGCUGCCUUGGCUCGCCGGAAACCACUAGCAAACACCUCUGGUGGGGGUGUUUUUGUUGCACCUCGAAGACAAGAGAAAAAUAAGUGA